AUGGAACUUCUAAACAGGGAAGCUGAGCCUCGUAAAGAAGAUGAUGCUUUGUCUGGAAGCAGCAGUCCAGAAGAUGUCUUCAGUCACUGUGAAAUGCAGGCAGUUUCAGUUUGUACGGACACCACCAUGCCUCCAGGUGACUACAUUCGAAGACGAGGUUAUACAGAAUCUUCACUUUUGAAGCUUCCCACAGAGUGCACUGGGAGUCGUCAUGCACCUUUCCAGUUUGACCGGCAUGCUUUGGCCAGAAUUUCCACUUCUCCAACUUUAAGGCGUCUAAGGAUGGCCUCUGCCUCACAAACGCUGUCAUUUCAGGACUGCUCUGACACAGCUCAGCUGGGGAAUCAAAAGGAAUACACUGGCUCGCUCCACCACAUCUGUAAGAGUCCACCUCGGUGCACUACAGCUACCUCUUUGUUGUUGCCUUCUUGUGUUCAUGCAAAAUUACUGUCUUCCAAAGCCAAGUCUGAGACAACUAUAACAGAUCCAGAGUCUGCCAGACCCAGAUCAAAAUUACCAAGCCAAAAAGAUCCUCUCAGCAAUGACAGUCCCAGUGAGACACUCCAAAACGCUUGGAGACCCAACUCUGCUACGCUGCCUAGAAGACUCCUCUGCCCCAGCCCAGAGGAGAGUGUCCAGGUAAGAGGAAUAGGAUGA